CAUCACGGUUGGACGCGACGUUUGUCUCUACACCAUUCCAGUCGUUGCUCAUUGACACUUGGUAAUAGGCGGUGUGCCGUGUCAAGCCGCCAUGCCAAUCUGAGAUCAGGAGUCUUCUUUCAAGGCUUGAGACACUCCUUCACUCACCGACUUGGUUUGUUCGUGACGGAGACACGACGAAGGCGCUUUCACAACCUGUCUCCCAAUCUUACGCAUCUGCAGAGAUGAGCACCGUGACAAAGAAAAAGAGAGGACGCUGCUGAUAUUUCUCAAUCCGUCUCCGUCAACAUGGCUGGAUUGCCCUCUCAGCUCCACGCGGCACAGCAGGAUACGCAGCAAGUGAAUAUGCAAUCGCAGGACCACACUCCGGCGCCUUCAGGCCAGCCAGCAGAGUCUUCUCACUUGGGCCAACUCGCUCAGGCUGCACAGCUCUCUGGGUUGGACAUGUCGGCCUUGGAGGGUAUCUCGCCUCAGCAGCUUGCCAUGAUCGCUCGGCUCUUCCAGUCCGGCGCCCUACAGAUGCCCCCUCCCCCUCCUGCAGUAUCCGCCACUCCUUCCACCCCCGCACAAGCUCUACUCAAUGCAACUCGCAGUCAGAGUCAACCCACGCCAAUCGAUAGUCAAGAGGCCGCAGAUAUGGAGAUGGAAGAGGGUGAAGUUGAUGACAGCGGCGAAGAUUACACCCCUCCACAACCACGCGACUUCUUACGUCCCCCGCCUACCGGUCCGAAAGAUCGCAACACGAGCUCUCGAGAAUCUAUUCGAAACCAAAAACAACGCAAGCCUUCACUGCCAGCAUCAGUCGAGCAUCAGCGGGGCGCAGUCAUGCAAUCUCCGCUGCAACAGUCCAACGGAAGCGUGGACUCAACAACACCGAGCGACUCAAAGAAGGCCCAGAAAGAGGUUGUGCGAACGUUUCUCAUGGAGCUGGUGGCUGCCGGAUACUCUUACCAAGACAUAGCCCAAGAAGUUGACGCGCCGGCAUCGUUGACGAAACUGUUCAAGGAGUUGAGCCUGCCGCUCAGCCCUGUGCACCCCAAUCAGCAACCUGCCAAACCGGCCACUGCCCCGCGAGUAGCCCCUCCCAAGGCUCCCCCUCAGAGCAGAGCGGAGUAUCUCGCAAAGCUUCAGGCGAUGAAGAACAAAAAGACUGAGACACCAACAGCAUCGACAGCACCGACAGCACCGACAGUACCCACAGAAGCAAGUGUAGGAACAAAGCCAGUCCUUGCAACCCAGACUCCCACCAAAGCACCGUCGCUCAGCUCUGCUGCUACACCUGAUAGCGUUGGUGGUGGUGCAAGUCUACCAAACCAUCCAGCUUCCACCAGCAAGGUCACAGUAAAGACAGAGCUUGUUCGGCAGAGGCUAGCAGCUCUCAAAGCCAGUCAAGCGGCGGCGCUGCAGAAGCGUUCCGGCACUAAUGCGGUUGACACCUUGGACGCUCGCUUCGCUGCCAUCCGCCAAACCAACCCAAGCCCAUCGCAAAAUGGACUUGGAGCAGGUAUUGCUGACAUCGCCUCAGCACCAGCCACGCAAUUCUCCCCGACGCCCGCUGCAGGUCUUUCGCGUCCAGCGCUAGAGACACAGUCGCACCCCUUUGCUGGCCUGCCGGGCCUGUUCAUAAGCGAGGGCGUCGCCAAAGACCAGAGCUCACCGCCUCAUUCGCGACCGGCCAUUCCCAGUGCUCUAACUUCCAGCCCGUUCACCAAGCCCGAAGUCCACAUUACGUCGUCUCCAGCCGCGAUUGGGACUCCCACUGCACUGUCUGGCGGGGUGAGGAUUUCACGCAAGAGACCGGUGGCUUCUGAUUUUGAUGAAGUCCCGAAUCAAGCAAAGAAAAGGCCAUUCGGUCAAAGCAGGCCUGGCAGUGAAGACGAGUCCUUUGUAAUCCAAACCAGCGACGAUGAGGACGAUGAAGAUGACAUGGAUGUCGACGACGCCCAGCCAUCAGCAUCUAAGCCAGCCAUCCAGACGAAGUCAUUCCGAGACGUUGGCCCGCUUCGUGACUUUCCGCCCAGGCCGACCUUUCAAACGCCGCCCUCAGGUGUCAGCACGCCAGGUGGUGUGACGUACGAGCAGAUGAUGAAGAAUAUCGAAGACGCCAAGCGCAAGAUUGCAGCCAAGGAGAAGAAGCGGAAGGCUAGCACUCCCAAAGGAACCGUCGCAGUGGCACUGGAUCCUGCCGGUUCUGAUUCAACGCCACCUGACAUUCCGGCCACUACAAAUCCUGCGAACGGAGGCGUGAAUUCUCAAGCUUCGGCAGUAGAUCUCCCUGCGGGAUCUGUUCUCGAAGGUAGCGACGCUGUGCCGGUGCCCGAAGCUUCUGUCGGAACGCCGGUACAGAUGCACGUCAUUGAAGGUGUGGACUCAGACUCAGGACGCGAGGCUGACACUCUCAUGUCUGGUGCCCUACCACAUGAGCCGGCCCAGUCCGUCGGUGCCUCUCAGUCCGCAGAACCCCAGCGUAUCAACGAGAGGGCGGUCUCAGAAGAAGGCGAGCUGAGUGACGAUUCCAUAUCAAACUUCUACGACUUUGACGAGAAAGACCGAGCAGAAGGCCAGUCAAACGCACCCGUUGACCCCGCUUUUCGUGCAACGCUCGAUUCUGAUAUCGGCUUUGUGAGUCCUGUUAGCGAGUCGCAUUCCAAUGAGCCAGGGCAAGACGAAGACGCGGCCAGUCCAUUGGAGGGGGACCUUCACUCCAGUCAGCCUCAGGCUAUUGAGACUCCUGAAGAUGCGCUUUCUGACGUGUCAAUGGACGAGAGCGAUAGUGAUGAGGACUCCGAAGCGUCAGACGACGAGGACGAUGAUGUCGGGGAUGAUAUCGAAGAGGGCGAGGUGGACGAAGAUGUUGAGGAAGGAGAGGUGGAUGAGGAUGCCGACGUUGAUGUCGAAGAAGAGGACGAGGGCGAGGACGAGGAGUAUGAUCCGAUGGUGUACGAGGUCGAAUCACCAGCUCCAUCAUCGACUCGUUCUGCCGGGACGCCAAUCGCAUCCGGUGGAGAGCUUGCGGAUGAGAGCCUGGCGGUUCAUGCCGACGCGGAGGAUGAAGCAACAUCCACCCAGGCAGACGAGCUCGCUCCGAAUGAGCCGGCCGUGCAUCUUGACCAGGCCCCAGCGAAGUCGAGCAGUCCCGGGAGGGUAUGAAUCGCUGACGUAUAGCCACAACAUCGACCCGGAGACGCGGCUAUGUCCCUACGAGACCGCUGGUGGCAAAUGCAACGACGACGCAUGCAACGAGCUUCUCACCACCAUGAG